CGGUUGUAAAGGAAUUUAAACGGGAAAAAUCGAUUAAGUUCAGUUAUCGAUCUAUCGAAUUAUUGUUAAGUGCGAGAUAUUUUAAUGCCCUUUCAUAUUCAUCUACUAAGCCAUGAAAAAAUACGCUUAGUUAAACUAGCAAAUAUUAAUAAUAGAAACAGUUAAUCAAAAAUAGGUUAUACACGAAAAGUGAGGUUACUUACCAUAGAUGUAUUCGUGAUUUUGGAUAAUUCAGUUGUUCCAAAAAGGUUAAAAAAUAUGAUCGUUUGAGGUUAUAACGAGAGUAAGUAUUUAAGUUCAUAUCAGAUGAUAGCCUAAUGAUCGAUAAUAUUACGCAAACUGUGCAUGAUGUAUCAAGAAAAUGAAGACAACGUUAAAAUUAUUCAACAACUGAUUCCUGGUGCUACGCUGGAAAAUCUACAAGCCUUUCACAAAUGUAUGAGUACAGAUGCUGUUUAUAAAUCUGGUCUACCUUGUGGAAUAACAUCUGGAUUAAUGUUUCAUUUUCUACUUCCUAAGAAAUUAGGAGCUAUAAAGCCUGUGGUAACAGCCCUUUCAAGUUUUACAGCAUUUCUGUGGGGAAAAAUAAUAUAUAGUCCAAUAUGUAAAGAGAGGGUAUUUGGUCCAGGAGAUGUAUUUGCUGGCAAACUCCAAGAAAAAAGAGAUUUGCACGAUAAUUCCAGUUAUGGUGGUAGUACCAAUCAAGAAGAUCAAGUAAAUAGACUCACUAUUUCUUCUGACAAAUUGUUGGAAGAUGAUUCGUCGUGGAGUAAUUUUGAUCCUUUCUUAGAUAGUAAUGUGAGCCACUUUAAUGAUACAAGUAACACUUUUCCAGAAGAAUUAACAACAGAACAAACAACGGAUGUAAAACAACGUGUAACGUAUGAUGAUCUAUGGGCACAACAUAGAGACAGUCAGAUGAAUCCAAAAUAUAAAGAUUUUAGGGGCAGUAGAGGUAUGAAUACACAGAGAUCGGCGGUACCACCCCAACGAGAGUCAGAAAAAACAGCACCUCCGGAAAUGACAUAUGAUGAAAAGAAUAUUUGGAGUUGAAUAAAAUGACAUGUUUUAUAUAAUUUUUUAGGAUUCGUACACGAUACAGUUUUGCGUAACUGUUGCGAUAGAAUAGAUUCCAAUAACAAUAAAAUGCGCUGUUGAAUAAAA